AUGUAUGAUCCCUCAAAUCCAUACGAGUCUGAUACUCAGCAUACCGUCGUGAGAGAACUCGAGGUUAUUCAAACCGAAGAACUCAUAUCAGAUCCGAUUGAUGAGGAAGAGAAGGAAUUUCGUCUUCCACGCGGACAUGUUCCAACCGGAUAUGUGGAUACUUCGAGCAUAAAGCAAGCGAGCAUGGAUGUGCAUCUACCAGAGAGUAACAUUGGUUAUCAAUUGUUGCUAAAAAUGGGUUGGAAGGUCGGAGCAGGGCUUGGUGUUUCGCAGCAAGGGAGAAAGGAUCCAAUCCGCAUUGAAAUCAAAGCAGACAGUUUGGGAGUCGGUAAACAAGAAGAGGAAGAUUAUUAUCACAUUACCUCUACUUCCAGGCGCAAGGCAUUAGAUAGCGAAAAGUUUGCUGAAGAAACCGAGGAAGAGCGCAAGAGACGAGAGGAUAAGGUUCAAAAGCAAGAGACACUCAAGAAAGAAUUGAAUACAAUAAAAGCAGCUUUCUAUUGUGCAUUAUGCGAUAAGCAAUACAACAGGAUAUCUGAAUACGAAGUGCAUCUGAGUUCUUACGAUCACAAUCACCGGAUGAAGAGCGGACAGAAUGAUGAAAUAUCAGGAAAUAAGGGUGGAUGGACUACGGCAGAGACGAGCGCUAAAUCUGGUACCAAGGGCGGAUGGACUGCAGCUACAACCUUCGAGUCUGAUAACAAGCAAGGAUGGAUGACUGUAAAUGCUACAGAUCCCGAUAUAAAGGGCGGGUGGACGACUGCUAAUUCCAAUGUAGUUGCAUCUGGCCCACCCACCAAGGAACGACUGGCAGAGAACAAAUCCAACUCUCCAUCCACUCAACCAGUUUCAGAUUCGAGUUCAAGAUUGACUUUUGGAAUUAACCGAGUAUCAACGACCAAUUCCUCUGCAGAGCAAAGCGAGAGACCCACAUUAAAGUUUGGCUUACAAAGGCGAAGAUAA